AUGACCUGGCGAUUGUGCAGUAAGCUGGAAACGCAGUUCAACUUCUCUUCUGGUGCAGUAAGACUUAUUAGCUCGUACCUUGCUGAGAGGAAGCAAACUGUUUUCUACUGUGACCGACGCUUCAGUAUUGCUGAUGUAACUUCAGGUGUCAAAAAGAUCAAUAAGAUCAAUAAGAUCAAUAAGAUCAAUAAGAUCAAUAAGAUCAAUAAGAUCAAUAAGAUCAAUAAGAUCAAUAAGAUCAAUAAGAUCAAUAAGAUCAAUAAGAUCAAUAAGAUCAAUAAGAUCAAUAAGAUCAAUAAGAUCAAUAAGAUCAAUAAGAUCAAUAAGAUCAAUAAGAUCAAUAAGAUCAAUAAGAUCAAUAAGAUCAAUAAGAUCAAUAAGAUCAAUAAGAUCAAUAAGAUCAAUAAGAUCAAUAAGAUCAAUAAGAUCAAUAAGAUCAAUAAGAUCAAUAAGAUCAAUAAGAUCAAUAAGAUCAAUAAGAUCAAUAAGAUCAAUAAGAUCAAUAAGAUCAAUAAGAUCAAUAAGAUCAAUAAGAUCAAUAAGAUCAAUAAGAUCAAUAAGAUCAAUAAGAUCAAUAAGAUCAAUAAGAUCAAUAAGAUCAAUAAGAUCAAUAAGAUCAAUAAGAUCAAUAAGAUCAAUAAGAUCAAUAAGAUCAAUAAGAUCAAUAAGAUCAAUAAGAUCAAUAAGAUCAAUAAGAUCAAUAAGAUCAAUAAGAUCAAUAAGAUCAAUAAGAUCAAUAAGAUCAAUAAGAUCAAUAAGAUCAAUAAGAUCAAUAAGAUCAAUAAGAUCAAUAAGAUCAAUAAGAUCAAUAAGAUCAAUAAGAUCAAUAAGAUCAAUAAGAUCAAUAAGAUCAAUAAGAUCAAUAAGAUCAAUAAGAUCAAUAAGAUCAAUAAGAUCAAUAAGAUCAAUAAGAUCAAUAAGAUCAAUAAGAUCAAUAAGAUCAAUAAGAUCAAUAAGAUCAAUAAGAUCAAUAAGAUCAAUAAGAUCAAUAAGAUCAAUAAGAUCAAUAAAAUUUAUUCACAACUACAAUGGAGCGCUGUUAAUGACAAUUCGGCAUCAGUGUGA